CCACUUCAGUGAGCGAGAGAAGCCGGUGGAGGGGCGAGGAAAGCCUAGCCACACAACGAUGAAGCAGUCGUAGGGCUUACGGUUUAUAUCCUCAGUGGGGUUCGAGCGGAGUCAUCUACAUGACCAAAGACGCUACACCAGCCACGAAAGACGCAAACGCAGCAAUCAUGCAAUUCAAAUACAGACGAAUUUGAGCAAGCUACCGUUCUUCGAGGUUACAUCGCCUGAACGCGCACCGCAUCCUUGCCGUCUGAGACCAGCUGGUUGUCCUGUCGUCAUCCGUCACGACAAUGUCCGUGGAAGAGCACAGCUAUCCCGACUCUUUGCUGCUGCUCCAGGCCGCUCCGGAGUGGAUGCGGGCCGAGAUCCAGCGCCUAUCUCGGGAGCUUGGCGAAACCACCAACGAGAAGAUCCAGGCGGCUGAGUACGGGCUGGCGGUACUGGAGGAGAAACAGCAACUCAAACAACAGUACGACGACUUGGAGAUUGAGUAUGAAGGUGUAAGGCAGGAGCUCGACUUGCUGAAAGAGGCAUUUGGGCAAGCCUACUCCAACCACCGGAAAGUGGCAGCGGAUGGGGAGAGCCGGGAGGAGUCGCUUAUCCAGGAGUCAGCCUGUAAGGAGGCCUACUACGAGCAGAGGGUCCUGGAACUGCAGAAUGAGCUGCGCCAAACCCGCAACAUUCUCACUAACACCCAGUCUGAAAAUGAACGCCUGAGCGCAAUCUCCCAAGAGAUAAGAGAGAACAGCCAGAUGGUGGAGCUCCAGAGGAAUCAGUUGCGUGAUGACAUCAAGGAAUACAAGUUCCGGGAGGCUCGUUUGCUGCAGGACUACACUGAGUUGGAGGAGGAAAACAUCUCACUGCAGAAGCAGGUCUCAGGUCUCAAGCAGAGCCAGGUUGAAUUUGAGGGUUUGAAGCAUGAAAACCGUCGUCUGGAGGAGGAUAUGCAGUUCUUGAACAGCCAACUGGAGGAUGCCAUCCGCUUAAAAGAGAUUGCUGAGCGUCAGCUGGGUGAAGCCCAUGAGACCAUCAAGACUGAGCGUGAACUGAAAGCCUCUCUUAGGAAGGAGCUGUCCCACUACAUGAACAUUGGAGACACACUCUACAACAGUCCUCUUAGUAUCUCUCUGGAUGGACUCAAAUUCUGCGAUGAGGCCAUCACCGAGCCCAACAAUGAUGACGCUCUUCAUGGUUACGACAAUAGCUUCAGCAAGCUGCUCACCGACGACAACCGCAUGUCCAAAAAAGAAGAGCUGUUCCACCCAGCACCCAGUCUUGUGGAUGACCUACUGAGCGAGCUGAACAUCUCUGAGAUCCAGAAGCUUAAGCAGCAACUGAUGCAGAUGGAGCGCGAGAAGGUCAACCUGCUGUCCACUCUGCAGGACUCCCAGAAACAACUUGAGCAGGCCAAUGGCGCUCUCUCAGAGCAUCAGGAGAAGGUGAACCGUCUGACAGAGAACCUUAAUGCCAUCCGCAAGCUUCAGGCUAGCAAGGAGCGCCAGUCUGCCCUGGACAAUGAGAAGGAACGUGAUAGCAAUGAAGACGGAGACUACUAUGAGGUGGACAUCAAUGGGCCAGAGAUCCUGGAGUGCAAGUACAAGGUUGCCGUGUCAGAAGCUGGGGAGCUAAAGGAGGAACUCAAGACAUUAAAGGCAGAGUACCAAGCGUGUCAGUCCCGUUAUGAAGAGGAGCACACCCGGCUGGAGAACGAUGUCACAACACUCGGAGAGAAGCUGUCUACUCUGGAGAAGACAAGAGGUUUAGAGAAAGACGAAAAGGCCAAGCUGGAGAAGGAACUGCGUAAGCUGAGUGAUGUGGCUGGUGAAUCUCAGGGCAGUCUGAGUGUGGCUCAGGACGAACUGGUCACAUUCAGUGAAGAACUGGCGACUCUCUACAACCACGUGUGCAUGUGCAACAACGAGACCCCGAACCGCGUUAUGCUCGACUUCUACAAGGAGGGCAAGGCUGGGCGCAGUAGCCCCGAAGGCCGUGGCCGCCGCUCUCCCAUCCUGCUCACCAAGGGCCUCUUCCCAGAGCCUGUUAAAACUGAUCUCAACGAUGGCGCUCCAUCUCCGGGCUCAUCUCUGCCUUCUCCUGUGUCCGACCACCGCCGCGAACCCAUGAACAUCUACAAUCUGGUGGCCAUCAUAAGAGACCAGAUCAAGCACUUACAGCUGGCCGUUGACCGCACCACAGAGCUGUCGCGCCAGAGGGUGGCCUCUCUGGAGCUGGGCACCGUGGCCGACAAGGAUAAAGAGGCCUGCAUGGAGGAGAUCCUCAAACUAAAAUCCCUCCUCAGCACAAAGAGAGAACAGAUUGCUACUCUGAGGACUGUUCUGAAGGCUAACAAGCAGACAGCUGAAGUUGCUCUCGCCAACCUUAAGAGCAAGUACGAAAAUGAGAAGGCUAUGGUGACCGAAACCAUGAUGAAAUUGAGGAAUGAGCUCAAAACCCUGAAAGAAGAUGCAGCCACCUUUUCGUCUCUCCGAGCUAUGUUUGCCACACGAUGUGACGAAUAUGUCACUCAGUUGGAGGCCAUGCAGAGGCAGCUGGCUGCAGCAGAGGAUGAAAAGAAGACCCUCAACUCACUGCUGAGGAUGGCCAUCCAGCAGAAGCUGGCCCUGACCCAGCGCCUGGAGGACCUGGAGUUCGACCAUGAGCAGACGCGCCGCACAGGCACCGGUGUGCGAUCUAAGACCCGCAGCAAGGCCUCUGCGAACGCUUCCGGCAACGCCAACGUAAGCCAGGGUUUCACCUGCGCUGGCUCCGGCCAAGCUGAGCACAGCAAUGCCAUGCCCAGCGGCCUUCUGGGAGGCCCUGCUGUCUUCUGCAGCGAGAAGUACAAGAUCUACUGCGACUGAAGCGGCUGCCGAGUCUGCAAGGGACUGCUGUGUACAGAGGGGAGGGGGCCCGAGGGCCAGACCCUCCCUGCCAUAGUGUUAAAGAGCCCCACACGCUCGCUUUGCUCCUUGGUCAGCUUGUGCUCCUCAAGGGACUGCUGUGUGACUAACCAUCUGCUUGCGUGUGCUAGUGUAAAGGUUUGGUGAUGCUGAGUUGUAUGUGCAGAGUGCACUAGACAUUUGGGCUGUAGUAGACAAACAUGGCAUGUGAAUCGUAUGGCCCUGAUUAUGUUCAGGGGACUCUCUGGAUACUCUGGAGUGUGUAUUCUUUCCGUAGUCUGUGUGCUAUACAUACGAAGUUCAAGGUGGCGUUGUGCUUUGUGCUUCAAUCCUCUGCCUCAUAAGUGUUGCCUGGCAACAGUAACACAUCAUGAAGAUAUGUUGAAGAGAAAGAACGAUGUCCAAAGAUGACAACUGGUGACACGGGUGCUCCUUUCAACAAAGCUCAAAGCUCAGCUGACCACUGUUAAAUACAUGUUUACAAGAAAGAAGAUUAAGCAAAAAUAUGCAAUCUUGCCCUGCAUUCCGGCCAGGGGAGUACUAUUUGAAACGACACAUGAAAAUCUGAAAUCAGGUUUUAUGAUGGGCCGUAAAGGAGCACCUGUGACCUUGGCUGUUUUAUCAUUUCAGGAUCGCUUUCAAGUUCAAGCUGUGACGCUAAUGCAGCGAUACGGCGCAGGCUCAAUAGAAACGCAUGGCUUUGCAGUUGUAUGCGCUAUUUGAAGUGCUUUUCUUUUGUUGAGGUACAUGAUCGACUCAUGUGCUACAUUGUCAGCGAGGAGUCAUUUGCGUGUUGAAAUGUAGGGGGUCUUUCCAGUGUGACCUAUUCAUGUUGGAUUUUUUUCACAGCCAUAUGAGGAGGGAGACAGGAUAUUUGACAAAUCGAUCUCCAAACCUAGAAUAAGUGCGCUUCAGCAUAGGUGCUUCAGGUUCAACCUUCUGGCAAAAAUAGAUUGUUUGAGUACUGUGAACAGAGCUUCGUUAUAGUUUUGAACAACAAUGAUUAUUUCAAAUCCUAAAAGAGCACAAACUGGAUGAUAAUUCUUCACACAGACAAACCACGUGGCGAAAGUGCCUGACAAAGCAAACACAGGCGAUGUAACGCUUGUGUCCUACUCUCCCUUCCUCUGUCUUUGCGCUUCUGAUGUCUCCAAUUCGCCACGAGGAGCAUUAGAUUGCCAGCACCCCUCCCAAGGUCAACCUUGAAGUACAAUUGAGGAUUUGUGUCAGGUAAUGUCCUCACACUUGUGUUUAACCCUUUAUAACUCGUGCGUGUUGCUGAAGUGCGUUGAAAUGGAACCGCAUCGUCCUUUUUUUACUUUGUUGGUGUGUGAGGACAAAGCGAAGUGCUGUCUUUCGUAGCCCGAAUAGCUUUAACUCCUUGCCGAACUCAUGUUCCGCAAAUAGUACAAGAAUAUAAGUGGGGCUUGUGUUUUAUAGUCAAUGUACUGCUUGUGGAUCAUAAAAAUAUUAGCUUUAUGAUUCUAAAAGCAGGGUUGAUGCGAGGGAUUCCUGCAAGAUUGAGCAAAAUUUGCAAUUUUUUUCUACCAAUAUAUAUUUGAAACUAUAUUCUUAACACGAUGUUGUUCAGGUUAAUGACCUUGCAGGAUCUUGCUACGGUAUUUGUUCCUCUCAAAUGUGAAGAGAGCGGCACAAUGUCAGCGUCGCGUCAACCCUGCUUGAGUGAGUACCAGUCAAGCGACCACUCACGGCAUGGAGAUGGGGACCUCCACGGGCGUCAGUCACUCUUCUGUUGACUACUCCCCUAUCUCAUGUUUAUGACAGUGACAGUGACAGAGAGAAGCAGAGGAGGGACAACUAGUUGUUGACUUGACUGUGAGAGGAAAUGAGUCCAUGUGGUUUUUCUCCAGGGAAAAACUCGGGGUCAUUUUAGGAGGAGGGGAAAAAACUGAGGACUGGUUUUGAGACCACAGAUUAGCUGAGUCACCAGUUCUUCAUGUUAAGUCUCAAUACAUGCUUGAGCGUUCAGCAGUCCAGGAUGGGGUCUUCACUUUGAUUCAUACCUGCCUACAUCUGGGUCCAGUUUAUAUGGCGGCAUGUUAGCGUGUCAUCUGAUCGGCUCCUCCUACCGCUCCAGCUUUACAUCAUUCUACACACGAUGAUAUCAUAUAAAACAUUCUGCUUGUCAAAAACAUUACUCAUGAAUUUGUGUUUUUUGGAAAAAAAGCAUCAUCUCCUCUGGUUUGGGCUGCUUGUUGAUUCUUGUGAAUUGAUUAUGAUUGGCUAAUCACAUUCACCAAUGACAAGACAGGGGAGAUGUUUGUUUGUUUUUUGUCUGUGUUUGUUUUUUCAUUUUUUUUGUUUUAGUUUGUUUUUAAUCUGUGCACUUUCAUGAUAUAGAAUGUUAACAGACUAUGAUUAACCUUUAGGAAAGCACGGUAGUACUAUGGUUUGUGAGAUAUUCAGUAUAGGAUAUUAUAAAUUCAAGUUAUGUGUGUCCCACAAAAUAUUUACUCGACUAAAGUGUUCACCACAAACCACAGAGCUACAAUUGUUGCCUAAUCCUAAAGGAGUUACACAUCAGUUACUCAUUCUUUAAGUUAUGUUUCAUUAUAUGUUGUGCUGUUAUUUAUCUGUUCGUUCUACUGCCAUAUUCACUACAAAAAUCCAGGGUGAUCUAAUUCUGGGGUUUUUCAUGUAUUUAUUAUUCCUAGGAAUAGUUCAAAAUAACUCAAUGAAACUUGACAACGCUCUCACUUGGACCGGUCAGUUGUGUCUCGGGAAAAUUUGAGCGAUAUGACUUUUCCUCACUUCUUACCGAGGGCGUUCCACUGAAACGGGAUCACUGACCUUCAGAAUUCUCUGCAAUAGCGACCAUGAAAUUCCAAAUUGGAAUUGUUUCAUUCUCUCUUGGUUUAUUGUGCCAAAUCUUGGCACACCAUUUAAGGUCUGACAGACAAGCAACAGCUGCAAAAGGUGUCAGUUGGGCUGGGGGUCUUUUUGCUUUGUUUAGUUCUUCGUUUUUUGACCAGUAGUGCCUUUCAUUGUUUCAAGGGAGAAUUUUAGACUAGCGUUUUGUUUUUGUCUCUCUGGGUGAGGGUUUGGCACUCAAAAUCACUAUGAGCAGCAAUAAGUGCAAAGGGAAUUGUGCCCCUUUCUCCAUGACUCAGAAGAUAGUUUUAGAAUUAGCUCAAUAAAUCCAACAUUGUAUUGAAUUCUGCAUGUCAGUGAUCCUCUCAAUAAAUUCAGGGGUAUUAAGAAAAUGUUUUUUGUUUUUUUAAAUCAAACUUUGAGAACCAAAAGUCCCUUUGGCCUCCUGUUUUUGAACAAACGGCUCCAAGCAUCUUUCGUGUGUUUGUGUAGCUGAGUGUGUUAUUGGAAACUACAAGCUUUGUUUGGUGAAGGUCAUGGGGUAUCAAUAGUAUUAUUGGAAAAAUGUGCAGAGAGCGCAUUUUAUCUUGCUUUUGUCAAUUGUUUGGUUUUUCAUUUUUCAGUCUUUUUUUUUUU